AAUGUAUGGAAGAAGAAACUUGUUUCUUCUUUACUAACAAAAGGGAAAGCCUGGAAGUGAAUGAUAUGGGUAUAAUUAAAAAAAAAAAAAAAAAAAAAAAAAACCUUUACGUAACUUUUUUUGCUGGGAGAGAAGACUACGAAGCACAUUUUCCAGGAAGUGUGGGCUGCAACGAUUGUGCGCUCUUAACUAAUCCUGAGUAAGGUGGCCACUUUGACAGUGUUUUCAUGCUGCCUCUGCCACCUUCUCGGUCUGAAGAUAUCAUUUCAACUCUAACACAGCAUGAUCGAAACAUAUAGCCAAACUGCUCCCCGAUCUGUGGCCACUGGACCACCCGUCAGUAUGAAAAUUUUUAUGUAUUUGCUUACUGUUUUUCUCAUCACCCAGAUGAUUGGAUCGGCACUCUUUGCUGUAUAUCUUCACAGAAGAUUGGACAAGAUAGAAGAUGAAAGGAAUCUUUAUGAAGAUUUUGUGUUCAUGAAAACGUUACAGAAAUGCAACAAAGGGGAGGGGUCCUUGUCCUUACUGAACUGUGAGGAAAUUAAAAGCCAAUUUGAAGCCUUUCUCAAGGAGAUAAUGCUAAACAACGAAAUGAAGAAAGAAGAAAACAUUGCAAUGCAAAAAGGUGAUCAGGAUCCUCGAAUUGCAGCCCAUGUCAUAAGUGAGGCUAGUAGUAACCCAGCGUCCGUUCUGCGGUGGGCGCCAAAAGGGUACUACACCAUAAGCAGCAACCUGGUGAGCCUCGAGAAUGGGAAACAGUUGGCCGUGAAAAGACAAGGACUCUAUUACGUCUAUGCCCAAGUCACCUUCUGCUCCAAUCGGGCAGCUUCGAGUCAAGCUCCGUUCGUCGCCAGCCUAUGCCUCCAUUCCCCGAGUGGAACGGAGAGAGUCUUACUCCGCGCCGCGAGCUCCCGCGGCUCGUCCAAACCUUGCGGCCAACAGUCCAUCCACUUGGGAGGAGUAUUUGAAUUGCAUCCAGGUGCUUCGGUGUUCGUCAACGUGACUGAUCCAAGCCAAGUGAGCCACGGGACCGGCUUCACGUCUUUUGGCUUACUCAAACUCUGAGUGCUGGCACCUCACAGGCUGCAGCUCAGCUCCUGUUGGUGGUCUUCGUAAUACGGCCGAGCAGUUAAGACCACCACCCCUGUUGAACUGCCUAUUUAUAACCCUAGGAUCCUCCUCGUGGAGAACUAUUUAUUAUACACCCCCAGGCGUGGAGGGCUGCAAGAAGGGAAUGACAGGGCGGGGGCAGCGCCAACAGGCCCCGGUCGGUAAGAGUUGAUAUUCUGGAAGCAGCCGCCCCACUGAUGCAGACAUCCAGAGAGUCCCAUGAAAAAGACGAGACUAUUAUGCACAGAUUGAAUCCUCAGUAAACGGCAGAUAAUUAGUCCAGUUUCGUUUUGUUUCUUUGCAUGCAGUGUCUUUCACUGGAGAAUGUACUCGAUUUCCCCGCGAAGAUGCUGAAGGGCAACAGGGAGCCUCAGCUCACAGUCAGUUACGGUUGACCCGGGGUCCCCGGGGCCCCGAUGGAGGGGACAGGCUCCAGAAAGUCUGAUGGCGCGGAGAACUGGAAAACCCUGCCCCCACCAGCCACCCUGACACUCAUUCUCUCCCUCCUCCGCCCCCCUCCCCCCACAGUCAGGCUGUUGCUAAUCGGUUAUCUUAUUUCAACCCUGUUGCCUCUCCACCAGUGUAGGCGGGAGGAGAGAGCAGAGGCUGCCCACUCCUCCUCCUGAAAUGACUGUAUUUAAAGGAAAUCUCUCCUACCUACCUGCAGUCUCCAUUGUUUCCAGAGUGAACUUGUGAUUAUCUUGUUAUUUAUUUUUUGAAUAAUAAAGCGCCCUUAACGUUA